GCCAUGGUUUCUAGUGGGGUCGUGGUGGACUUGUCAUUUCCCCAAGUUGUCAUCAGUUGGUAAUUGGAUGAACCUCCACAAACCCACUAAUAGUCUAUAUUGUCAAACAUAAAUUAAAGCGGAGGUGUAAAUCCACCAAAAUCACAAGGAAUUCAAAAUAAAAUAAUAAUAAUAAUCAUAAAACUUUAAUUUCAGACACAGAUAAAAUGGAAUUUUAGGUUAGGUCAAAAUGGAGCCAUCGCAUGCACCCAAAAAAGAAUUCCCACGUCAAUCAUCUUAAUUACCUGAUUUUGCAAACCCAUUUUGACAAAUACUUCCAACUGCACAACCUUUCUUUUUUCUCCUCCUAAUCCGUAUUAAUUAUAAUUAUACUUUUCCCUCCUUCCUUCUCUGUUUCUCUUCCAUUUUCACUUGCACAUUUCUCAAUCAAUUUCUUUCUCUGACUCUUGAUUGAGAAAUGUGUCCUUUGAGACUGAUUCUUAUAUUCCUCUCAGCCACUCUCGCCGGCUUCUUCGUUCUCAGAAACCUCAGCUCUCAACCCCACCAACAAUCUCUUACCGACGACGAAACCCACCAAGAUCUCGACGAUUCCGUCGAUACCCAAUUCUCUGAUUCCUCAGUGCCUCCUGCUAAUCGAUUCUCCAAGCUUCUUUCUGCUCUGGAGUCGGGGUUUUGGACCUGUGUGGACAUGGCUAGUGGUCGAUAUCUAUGGAGGCAUUUGGUUUCCCAGCCUUCUAAGCCAUCCGAUUGAUGUGUAUGGGGGCUUUUUCUGUCUAACUGUGCUGAAAAUUAUCACGUUCAUAUCCAGGUUUGGGUUUGAGUAUGUUGUAUCAUUUGGUUACUUACAAGGUACAUUGAUAAACUGUCUUUGUAAUAUAUGUAAUUGUAAAAACCCAAUUGGAAUGGCAUUAUUGUUUGUUGAUGGUCUUAUGCUUUACCAUUCCAAUGUCAAUUCUACUGUUGGCCUUCCACUAUCCGGCCUUUAUAUAGCCUGUGCUGUGGUUGUAGAUCUUUUAGUUAUGAACAGCAGCAGAAGUUUGUCAUGGUUGAUAUGUAUAUGAAUUUUUUCUCUGCCUAAGUUAAUUUUGGAAGCCAAAUUUGUGGUUAAUCUAAAAUAUAACUAGAAUCAGUGUAUUUAUGGGGCAAAUUUUGUAAUGUCAAAGCAGUGGACAACUUUUGGGCAUUGCUUAUGUGGUGAAUGGAAUGAGUUGGGUUUUAUUUGAUUA